GCCCAUGGCUCCCUACCGCAUCCGUCUGUACCGCGAUGAGGACUACGAUGCCGUGCGCUCCCUGUUUGCCCGUGGCAUCAUCGAGCACGCCCCGGCCAUGUACCGCCACGUGCUGCGCCUGGCACACGUGCAGCUGGGGCUGCUGGCCCUGUUCACGGCUGUGCGUGCCGUAGCCGGCAGCUGGCUGCUGGCACUGGCAGCCGUGGCGCUGGCUCUGGCGGCCGCCUGGCCCGUGAUGCGCUCCUUCAGCUUCUCCUUCGUGACAGAAGCGCUGAUCGCCGACCUGUGCGACAUCCGCGGCUCCUACAUGCGGGCGCCCGACUCCUGCUUCUGGGUGGCGGAGGCCGGCGGGGCGGUGGUGGGAAUGGUGGGCGCAGCCCCAUCGCCGCGCGGUGAGGCCAUGGAGCUGAAGCGGCUGUCGGUCAGCAGGGAUCACCGUGGCCACGGCAUCUCCAAGGCGCUGUGCGGGGAGGUGCUGCGCUUCGCCCAGGCGCGGGGCUACAGAGCUGUCGUGCUGUACACCUCCACGGUGCAGCUGGUGGCCCAGCGGCUGUACGAGAGGCAGGGCUUCAGGAAGGUGGCCGAAACCAGCCCGUCUCUGUUCUCCAGCCUCAUCUGCUUCUAUCUCAUCCAUUACCGCCUCGAGCUGCCCAGCCGCCCCCAGGGCUUUCCCUACUCCUGCACCGCUGAGAAAUAAACAGAGACUGUGGGAAGGGUGUGAGGAGCGUGCCGUGGAUGUGCACACGUGUGUCAUGACUGUGCCUGUGUGUGGCUUCGUGCCUUCACGUGGCUCAUGCCCAUGCUGUGAGCUCGGCGCAACGUGGCUCCUCCGCAGCCCAGAAUGGGGUCACUGCACUGCAGCUGCACACAGUCGGUGCUGGGGGGCUUUUGGGGGCCUGCCGGACCUCAUGCUGUGCCCCCACCAGCGCUGCUGUGCCGUGUCAGUGCAGUGUGGGCAGGGGAAGGUGGUUGGUGUGCGGGGCAGGAGGAUGCAAGGCAAUGGCUGGAGGUGGAUGUGCGGAGCCUCACCAACAUCCCCAGGGUCAUCAGGCAGGGGCUGCACCCCCUCUGGGGGGCAGUGGGUGGGGAGGCCAGAGGGGGUCAGGCUGGUUUGAAAAUGGCACCAUCUGCCUGCAGGCUGAGGUGCUGGGCUGUGCUUCGUGGGAUCCUCAUCCCAUACGGCUGAGCUGCGUGCACAGUGCCCCAUGGGGAUCUGCAUCCCAUUUGGAUGAGCUAUGCUGGUGAAACCCUACAGGGACAUGGGGAUCCCUGUGCCAUGAGGAUGAGCCGUGUGGACUGAGACUCACGGGGAUCCUCAUCCCAUGUGGUGAGCCUAUGGACGUCCCAUGGGGAUUCUCAUCCCACGUAGCUGAGCCAUGUAGACGAUGCCCCAUGGGGACCCUCAUCGCACAUGGCUGAGCCGUGCUGCUGACGCCCUAUGGGGACGCGGGGAUCCCUGUGCCAUGAGGCGGAGCCGUGCUGGCAGUGCCCCACGUGGACAUGGGGACCCUCGUGCUGCGUGCUGCCAGGCUGGGGACGUGCCCCCCUCCCCACCCCAGCCCCGCUGCUCCUCAGCCCCGGGGGAGCUCAGCCUCCCUGGGGGCCUCCACACCCCCAGCUGAGCAGGGACCCGGCCGUGUCCCCUUGCCGUGCUGGGCUCGGAUUCGCGCCUGCCCCACUUAAAGCUGCAAUAAUUAAGGAGCAUCAAAGCGCUGCCCGCGGGGUCACAGUGUCUGCCUACCCCUCCUCCUUCCCCCCACCUCGCCUUCCCUGCCGCUCCUUCGGCGGUGACGGCCUUUGCUCGCCGGUGUAAAGGUGCUGAGC